CCCUAAAUCAGAUCUGCUCAUCUUCUCGCCUUCUAAGUUCUACGCUUCUCCACUCCACAGUCUGCCCUCGCUAAUCACUUCGCUGUUCUCGCCUCUCGGCUCUUGGUUUUUGUUUCUCCGUCCUCGGACGCCAACGCCCUAGCUCCUCUCCCUGUCUCCCUCACACUCUGCGGACUGCGGCCGACGCCCUCACUCCUCUCACCUAGUCACCUAACCUCGGUCUCGCUGGAAGCCUGGUCGCCCCUCAGCCAGUCACUCCUCAGUAAGACAGAGAGAGAGAGAGAUGGGAAGCGACAGCGAAAUAGAGAAAAGUGCGCAGAAGGAGAGGGAGAAGAAGAAGGUCUUGGCCCUCGCCCCUAUUGCAAAACCAUUAGCCGGUAAAAAGCUCAGCAAGCGCACUUUCAAACUCGUCCGACGAGCUGCGGAGCUCAAGUGCUUGAAGAGAGGUGUGAAGGAGGUGGUCAAAAGCAUUCGUCGUGGCCACAAAGGGUUUUGUGUGAUUGCGGGGAACAUAUCUCCAAUUGAUGUGAUCACCCAUGUUCCUAUCCUAUGUGAAGAAUCUGAUAUACCAUAUGUUUAUGUUGCAUCAAAAGAAGAUCUUGCAAAUGCUGGAGCUACAAAAAGGCCAACAUGCUGUGUAUUGGUGUUAACAAAGCCUGCUAAAGGAGAACUCAGCCCGGAGGAUCAAGAAAAAUUGAAAGGAGAUUAUGAUCAGGCUGUGGCCGAAGUUCGUGAGCUAACAUCAUCUAUGUUUUGAAAUUUUAUGGUUUUGAAGUUUGUACUUAGAAAUGUACUCUGCUUCAUUUGUUAGUGAUUGCUAAAUUAUCAUCUUUUUAAUCUGGUUUGCUUGCUGGGAA